AUGAUGAUGUCUAGAUUGAGUUUAACUGAUAUGAAGGGAAGAAAUAGAAUAUUGGCUCAUAUGAAAAUAAAACCCACUCGUAGGUUUUUAACGAUGCCCCCGGCGCCGAUACCAUACAAUAAUCAUGAAAGUUAUUGUGGGGUCCAAAUUUUGUUGAAAAUUAGUCGUUAUUUGAACGAAACCGGGAGGCCUCUGCCGUCUUACAACGCUCACCGGGAUUUCCGAGCAGAAGUACUCGGGCCCCGACUCGAUAAUGGCGAAAGCUUUAGCGGCAUCCUCCAGGGGAUUAAUAAUGCGAACGGAAUUGGGAAUACGCCUUUAGGGCAAGAUAUACGUGAUCUGUACGCUGAGUGGGAAAGGACCGGCGAGCUCUUAAUACCAAGCCCCUUGGAUCAAUUUGGAAUUCACCCAAUUCUUGAUCUGAAUAUAGGCAACUUUUAUUUAUCAUUCACAAAUCUAUCCUUGUCUAUGCUACUCACUCUCGGUUUGGUCCUACUUCUGGUUUUUGUUGUUACGAAAAAAGGAGGGGGAAAGUCAGUGCCAAAUGCAUGGCAAUCCUUGGUGGAGCUUAUUUAUGAUUUCGUGCCGAACCUGGUAAACGAACAAAUAGGUGGUCUUUCCGGAAAUGUGAAACAAAAGUUUUUCCCUUGCAUCUCGGUCACUUUUACUUUUUCGUUAUUUCGUAAUCCCCAGGGUAUGAUACCCUUUAGCUUCACAGUGACAAGUCAUUUUCUCAUUACUUUGGCUCUUUCAUUUUCCAUUUUUAUAGGCAUUACGAUCGUUGGAUUUCAAAGACAUGGGCUUCAUUUUUUUAGCUUCUUAUUACCAGCGGGAGUCCCACUGCCAUUAGCACCUUUUUUAGUACUCCUUGAGCUAAUCUCUCAUUGUUUUCGUGCAUUAAGCUCAGGAAUACGUUUAUUUGCUAAUAUGAUGGCCGGUCAUAGUUCAGUAAAGAUUUUAAGUGGGUUUGCUUGGACUAUGCUAUUUCUGAAUAAUAUUUUUUAUUUCAUAGGAGAUCUUGGUCCCUUAUUUAUAGUUCUAGCAUUAACCGGUCUGGAAUUAGGUGUAGCUAUAUCACAAGCUCAUGUUUCUACGAUCUCAAUUUGUAUUUACUUGAAUGAUGCUACAAAUCUCCAUCAAAAUGAGUAA